CACAUGCCGGUUAAAAGAACAACUACUAUUCUCUCCCAUUAAACACUUGUUUAUGUUAGAAUAGUAUAAUGGCUGCUUGUGCCUUUGCUUCAAGGUUUUUCCCGCUGGUAAGGGGAAGAGUGUGCUGCAGAGCUUCAUCUCGUGCAUGCCCAGCUUUCCGUACGUUCUCGUGUACUGCAGCUCGUGCUCAAGGGUCCGGGGCUCUGACCGGGAGAGAGGACCGGUUCGGUGGAGUGACAGUGAACCUGUCUGACAGCUGUUUACCGGAGGACAUCAGUGAGAAAUCAUUCAGUAGAUUACUGAAAGAUUCUUUGGUCCAGUGGAAAUCGGAGGGAAAAGUCGCAGUGUGGCUCCGAGUUCCCAUCUCCCUGAGCCGAUGUGCCGCCGCCGCCUCUGAGCACGGCUUCUCCUUCCACCACGCCAAACACGACCACACGGUGCUCUCCCUCUGGCUGGGGGAGGGAGAGAGCCGGCUGCCGGGGUUUGCUACCCACCAGAUCGGAGUGGCAGGAUAUAGAAACCUAAAGAAACCUCCUCCAUACCCAUAUUUGUGGAAACUGGGCAUGGCCUCUGAUAGACGAGCGACAGAUGAAUGCUACUUCUUGGAGCGGCUCGAGAGCAACAACUACAACACGUACCGCUCCAGGAAGUACCCCGACAUGUACGUGGCCCUGAAGAGAAACGGCCAGUACAAGCCCGGGAGCAAAACUAGCCGAGGUCAAAAGGCCAUCCUGUUUCUUCCAAUGGCUGUCAAGGCUAGAAGAAGAUGUGACGGCAAUGAAGACAAGGUGGCUCCGUCGACAUUGCCCCAAAACAGCUGUGAUGCUUUCUGA